AUGUCUCUCAACAUUUCCUCCGGUGUUCCGCCCGAGACACCUGAGGAGCUCUUCGCCGACAGCAUCCGCCUCAUCGGGAGCACCACCGUUUGCGGCACAUGGUACGGUCUUAUGUGCGCUGUCGCCGCCAUGUGCGUCUCCACCCUCCUCGACCAGCAGUCCUCCCACAUCUCCCGCGCCGGCCGGCCGCGCCGUUCGCGCUCCCGCGGGAGGCUGCACUUCCUACUUGCAUACGUGGGCGCCAUGUGGCUUUGCGGGACGCUGUAUGUGGCAGGGCUGUCGCGCUCGGUGCAGGUCAACUAUGUGAACCACAGGCUGUUCGAGCCUGGGCCGUUUGCGUAUGAUGACUGGACGAGCCCGGACGCGAUUUUGGCGGAUGUUGCGUAUUGGCUUGCGUCCGUGCUUGCAAACGGGCUGAUGGUAUGGCGGAUGAAAGUCAUCCUUUAUGAGUCACGCUUUUUCAAGGUUUUCAUGCCUAUCUCGAUCCUUAUCUGGGCCGCUGCGACAAUCCUGGGUGGAGUAUCCGUUGUAGUCUCUUCCCUCCCAGCACAUAGUUUCUAUUCUACUCUCGCACAGCACACGACUGUUCCGGCGUUCAUCCUCUCCAUGGUACUCAACGUUUUCGCGACUGUUUGCAUGGCUGGCCGACUCUUCCUAUUCCGUCGCUAUUACGCCAAACACAUCGGUAACUCAAUACCCCACCCACAACACUUUACAAAUAUAGCUGGAAUGCUUGUCGAGUCCUGCGCGCUGUACAGCACUACCUCUGUCGUCUUCAUCGCUCUAUACCUCCUCGAGCACCCCGCCGAACGCCUCGUGAUCGCCAUACUCAGCCAGGCGCAGAUCAUCGCGCCUCUGCUUGUGCUGCUCCGCAUAUCGCGCGGCAUCGCGUGGGACAAGACCACGGCUACGACCUUCGCGACGUCGACGUCGACCGCGACGCAGCUCGACACGAUCUCAUUUACGCCGGGGCGGAUUAAGCAGCAGGGAGACGGAAAUGCGACAGCGAGCGAGAGCGGGUCGCAUGUUUCAGGUCCGGAUGCGAGGCCCAAGAGGAGAUACAGCGAUGGGUUGACGUUUGCGAAGCAUGAGUUGGAUAGUGUUGUUGGUGCGGUGGCAGUGAAUGAACUCAAAGAGAGCGAGGUGUAG